GUUCCAUGAGGUUGAGUAUAUAAGGACGUGCUAGAGGCGAGGAAACAGCCACUCACACACAGAGUUCCUUGUCUGACACCAGCGCCUACACUCGCACACCAUGAGAGUCCUGGUCUGCCUACUGCUCCUGACUGCCCUGGUCGACGCAGACAUCCACAGGAUACCGCUGAAGAGAGUGCAGAGGAAGUGGACCGCUGAACAGUUACAUCGCAGCCACAUCUUUGUUUCCCAACGCUACGCCCCCAAGGACGAUAUUGUCAUUCUUGAGGACUACCAGGACGCACAGUACUACGGUCCCAUCGACAUUGGUACACCCGGACAGACGUUUGAGGUGAUCUUCGACACUGGGUCGUCCAAUCUGUGGGUGCCAUCUGAACAGUGCCGCAUCAUUAACCUGGCAUGCCAGCUGCACAACCGCUAUGACUCUACCCUCUCCUCAACCUACAAGCCCAACGGUACCGAUUUUGCCAUUGAGUAUGGUUCAGGUGCACUCCGAGGCUUUCUUUCUAGUGACACCGUGGACGUGGGAGGAGUGACAGUCACGGAUCAAACCUUCGCUGAGGCCACUGAGGAGCCUGGUGUAUCCUUCCUCGCUGGCAGGUUCGACGGUAUCUUAGGCAUGGCCUUCACUGAGAUCUCAGUCAUGGGCAUCCCCACAGUGUUCGACACCAUGUUGGUUCAGGGCGCUGUCACCCAACCUAUAUUCUCCUUCUACCUCAACCAUGACAUGAGCUCCACGCUGGGAGGAGAGCUGGUGCUGGGAGGGUCUGACCCCAACCACUACGAAGGAGAGUUCCAGUACGUGCCAGUCUCCAGAGUGGGCUAUUGGCAGAUCACCAUUGAUGAAAUCAAGUUGGGAGGUGAAGCCAAGAGCUUCUGCAACCCUUGUGAAGGUAUUGUCGACACUGGUACCUCCCUUAUUGUUGGACCCAGUGACCAGGUCCACGAGAUUGUGACCGAGCUAGGUGGUUACGCCUUCCUUGCUGGUGAGUACCUUAUCAACUGCAAUAAGGUUGACGAGAUGCCAGUCUUCACCUUCACACUCAAUGGCAUCGACUUCGAACUGACCGGAUCCGAGCUGGUCAUCGAGAGCGUGGAUGAGGCGACAGGCGUCAAAACUUGCAUAGUAGGCAUCAUGGGCGUCGACUUGGGAAGCAUAGAAGCCUGGAUCCUGGGAGACACAUUCAUCUCCCGCUACUACACCGAAUUUAACGUCGAAGAAAAGCGCAUUGGCUUUGCAAAGUCAAUUUAAGCUGGCAGCAGCAGCAGCAGCAGUAGCAGCAGCAGCAGCAGCAGCACCAGCAGCAGCAGCAGCACCAGCAGCACCACCAGCAGCACCAGCAGCAACAGCAGCACCAGCAGCAGCAGCAGCACCAGCAGCAGCAGCAGCUCCACGUCUCCCCACAAAAUGUAGAAUAAACAAUGCGAAACUGA